AUGCCCCCAUUUUUGCCGGGUGAUAGAAGGGUUCCAAGAAGUAGGAAUUCUGGUCAGAGAACCCUCGACGCACCCAAAGUCCAGAGCAAAGCUGAAAGGGCGAAAAAGAUAGCGGUAGACGACCGGGACUACGAAGACGUCGACUCGCAAGCCGACACGGAGUUCACUUUCUCGCACAUCCCGAACCAUACUCACCACGAUCCAGACAAGCGGGACAUGUCUAGAGGCGCUGGAGACACGCCACUGAGAGGAAGUCGAACGGAAAGCGUCCACCAACAGCGGGAGUCCGAUGAUCUGGCAGAUCGCUUCGAUGCUUCGAUGCACUUUCCACAAGGGCCAUUCGCGCCGGUCUAUGAGCAUUGCCUAGUCCUUCGACGGCAUGGUGCUUCAGUGAAGUUCGGAUCGUCCACCUCGCGAGGAUCGAACGUGAGAAGUCCAACAUGCAGACCUCCCAUGACCACCACUGACCACUUCCACCCCGACGUGUACAACCCAACGACCCGAGAAAUCCAACUCCUCGAUCAAGCCCUAGCCUUCGUUCUUAGCAGCGGAGGCGAAGUUGAAUUCCACCCUCUGAUUCGCGAGCAACCCUCGCCCUACUCCAAAUGCGAUGCCUGCUCAGAAGCAUUCAUGUCUCCACGAGACAGGGAAGACCAUUGCACUCCCAUACGCAAUGUAUGCCAGCCCUGCCAAAAGAGCUUUACAUGUCGAACCUUCCAUGAACAACACAUGAAACAAACCCAUAAACUACACCAUGGGGGAAGGUAUGAGCCUUUUGAUGACCGAACUGAUGGCAAAUGGAGAGGAACAAGUUAUGGCGACAUCAGGGUGUAG